AUGCCACACAGAGGCCCGCAUGCCACCCCCAUUGAGGGGCUUUCUGCGGUUCCAGCCUGGCUGGGCUGGGGCCCCCUGGUCCAGCGUGUGCUGGGCUGGCUGUCCCGUGCCCUCCGUGCCUUGUGGAGCCAUUUCCCACGCCUCUGGAAAGGGCCGGGUGCCCCGAGGUCACUUCCGGAACCCUGGGAGAGCUGCCCUGAACUGAGGGUCUACAGGGGAGGAGGAGAUGGAGAUUCUCCGCUGCUCACAGUCCACACAACGCCGUACAGCUUCCAGGUGGAUCCGCACCGGCUGGCAACUGAGAGUGCCUAUUUCCAGGCCCUCCUGCGAUCCCGCAUGCAGGAGGCAUCGGGAGGGCAGCUGCACUUGGACCACCUGCCUUCUGGGACUUUCCAAGCCAUCCUGGAGUGGGUUUUCUCGGGGCGCUUCAGCCUGACAGAAGAGGAGCUGCUGACGGCAGUACAGGCUGCCAGCUACCUGCUGCUGCCCGGAUUCCUGAAUCGGUGCUUGGCGGCACUGGGCCCCUUGCUGAGCCCCCAAAACUGCCUGUCUUACCUGCACUUUGCCGAGGCCGUGGGCUGCCCUGAACUCCAGGCCCAGGUGUGCGGCUACCUGAGUGCCCACCUGUUGGAGCUGGCGGAGCCCGUCACUGGCCAGCUGCUCCCACGGCUGAAGGAGGACCUGGUCCAGCUGCGUCAGCGAGGCCCGGCCAGGCUCUGUGUGCUGCGCACGGAGAACGUCAGCAGCCUGCAGCCGGGCAGUCCGCUGGAGCCCUUGCGGGGGCUGUACUGGCGUCCCCUGCCCCCCGAGGAGGGCAGCUGGCACCGGGCUAGCCAACUGCCCUUCCGGGCUGACAAGUGGAGCUUCAGCACCGCCCAGCUGCUCAACUACCUCUUCAUCAUAGGGGGCUACCGAGAGAGGCGGGGGACUCGCGGCUUCACCUUCCGCAUGGCGGCCUUCCGCUAUAAUCCUCUGACAGACACGUGGAAGCCCACCGCUGCCCCCAACAAGCGCCGACGCCACUUCAGCACUGCCGUGGUCGGGGGGCACAUCUAUGCCGUCGGCGGCUGGUACUUGGACUCCCUCUUGGCCCCGGACAGCAGCACCUGCUUGUACCGGGCAGUGGAGCGCUAUGACCCCUGGGCGGACCGCUGGGCCUUUGUCUCCUCCCUGCCCCUGGGGGACGCCUCCUUCUCCGUCUCGCUGUCCCAUGACCUGCCGCUCUGCGCGGCCCACGACGGCUCCAUCUACGCCCUGGGCAGCCUGCAGCACACUGGCGAGAAACUCCUGCUGUGUUACGACGUGGCCACUGAUACGUGGCAGGAGCUCCUGCCCACCCUGACGCGGGCAGACGCUGACCUGCCUGGGCUCUACUUCCUGGGCGGCACGGAGCCCCUCUACGUGGUGGGGAGCAACGCGCAGGGCAACGUGGUCACCUCCUUCAGCCCGAGUGGCCGGCAGUGGGGCCCCGUGCGCCCCCUGCCUAAGUGCAGCUUGGCCGGGCAGGGCCUGGCUGUGGGUGGCCUCCUCUACAUGGCCUCACCUGACUUGGGUGCAGUUUUGGAGGUGGAGCUGGGUGGCCCAGGCUGCCGCCCGCUGCCGCCCCCCUUUCCCCUCUUCUAUGAGGCUUUCUUUCUCCUCCACUUUCCCCUGACUGGCCCCGAGGGGAGAGCCAUGGGCCAGGAGGAGCCCUGGCGGCUGUGA